AUGGCAGGAAGGAAUGAUGCUGCUCUUGCUGCUGCACUGCAAGCUAUGGCGCAGUCGGUGCAGAAUAACAACAAUCAAAAUGCUGGAGAUCUGCAGUUCCGUAACUUGGAGAAGUUCCAGAGCAAUAAACCGCCUAAGUUUGAAGGUGGUAUUAUUGAUCCAGAUACUGCACAGAAAUGGUUGAAGGCUGUUGAGAAGAUAUUUAGAACCAUGGGAUGCAAUGAGGAUCAAAAGGUACAGUUUGGUACGCAUAUGCUGGAAGGUGAAGCUGAGGACUGGUGGGAUAACAGUCGUCAGAGAUUGGAAGCUGCAGGUAAUGUGAUUACUUGGGCAGUGUUUCGAGCUGAGUUUCUGGAAAAGUACUUUCCGGAAGAUGCUCGAAGCAAAAGGGAGAUUGAGUUCCUGGAAUUGAAGCAGGGGAAUAUGUCUGUUGAUGAGUAUGCUGCUCGAUUCGAAGAGUUGGUGAAAUAUUGCCCUCAUUACAAUACUAACGAGGCUAUGAAUUCCAAAUGCAUCAAGUUUGAGAACGGGUUGCGUCCCGAGAUUAAACAGGGUAUUGCUUGUCAGAAGAUAAGGAAUUAUCCAGAGCUGGUGAGAAGAAGCCGAAUUUAUGACAAUGAUAACAGGGCCAGGAUUGCACAUUACAAAGCUGUGAAUGAUCGGAGGGGUAAUCAGAAUCGUGGGAAACCGUAUAGUGUUCCUGCUGACAAAGGAAAACAGAAGGUUGCUUUUGGGAAGAAGCCAAGUGGGGGAGGAUUUGCUUCAAAGCCCAUUGUUUGCUUCAAGUGUGGUACCGAGGGACACCGUGCUAAUGAGUGUCAGAAGGAUGUGAAGAAGUGCUUCAAAUGUGGGAAAACAAGUCAUAUAGUGGCAGAUUGUAAGACCAGAGUGCCUACUUGCUACAACUGUGGUGAGGAAGGGCAUAUCAGCACUCACUGUCAGAAGCCAAAGAAAGCGCAGGGUAAUGGCAAGGUGUUUGCAUUGGUAGGAGCCCAGUCUACUAGUGAUGACAGAACAAUCAAAGGUACUUGUUUCAUCCAUAACACUCCUUUGAUUGCUAUUAUUGAUACGGGUGCAACCCACUCGUUUAUUUCUGUUGAUUGUGUGAGGAGAUUGGGAAUUGUGCCGUCCACUUUAGAUAGGAGAAUGACAAUUGAAACUCCAUCUAUUGGUUCUGUGGUUACUUCUCAAGCGUGUUUGAAUUGUCCUUUGACUAUCUUUGGUAGGAACUUUGGAGUGGACUUAAUUUGUUUGCCACUCGGUAAUCUAGACGUUAUAUUGGGAAUGAACUGGUUAGAGUUCAAUCAUGUGUAUAUUGACUGCUUUAGAAAGAGGUUAUUGUUCCUGACUCCAGAAGAAGAAGCGUUGGCGGACUCGUUAUCUACCAAGGAGAUGAAAGUAUUGUUAGAGGAUGAAGCCAAGAUGUUUGCUGUGUUUGCCUCACUAUCAGUUGAGAGCGAAACAUCAAUUGAAGAGAUACCGGUGGUGAAAGAAUUUCUCGAAGUAUUUCCUGGGGAUAUUACAGAGUUGCCUCCAGAGAGGGAAGUCGAAUUUUCUAUUGAUCUUAUUCCGGGUACUAGGCCUAUUUCUAUGGCGCCGUACCGAAUGUCUGCAUCAGAAUUGGCGGAGUUGAAGGCUCAGAUUGGAGAAUUGCUUGAUAAGAAAUUUAUUCGGCCGAAUUACCGUCAGUUGAAUAAAGUAACCAUUAUGAAUAAGUAUCCGUUGCCAAGAAUUGAUGAUUUAAUGGAUCAGCUUGUUGGUGCUCGCGUAUUUAGUAAAAUUGAUUUGAGAUCGGGGUACCAUCAGAUUAGAGUGAAGGAAGGAGACAUUCAGAAGACCGCCUUUAGAACUCGUUAUGGACACUACGAAUAUGCAGUGAUGCCUUUCGGAGUGUCUAACGCGCCAGGUGUUUUUAUGGAAUACAUGAACCGUAUAUUUAAUUCGUAUUUGGAUCGGUUUAUUGUGGUAUUCAUCGAUGACAUAUUAAUUUACUCUAAGUCGGAAGAGGAGCAUGCAGAACACUUGAGAAUUGCGUUGCAAGUAUUGAAGGAUAAUAGGUUAUUCGCAAAGUUCUCGAAGUGUGAGUUUUGGUUGGGAACCGUGAGUUUCUUAGGACAUGUUAUUUCAGGUGAUGGAAUAGCAGUUGACCCAUCUAAAGUAAGUGCAGUACUUCAAUGGGAACCUCCGAAGACAGUGACAGAGAUUAGAAGCUUUUUGGGUUUGGCAGGAUAUUAUCGCAGAUUUAUUGAAGGAUUUUCCAAUUUGGCGUUACCCUUAACUCAGUUGACGAGGAAGGGUCAAGCCUUUGUAUGGGAUGCGGCGUGUGAGGAAUGUUUCGAAGAGUUGAAUAAGAAGCUGACAACAGCGCCAGUGUUGAUUCUACCGAAUCCAAGUGAGCCGUUUGUUGUGUACUGCGAUGCGUCUAAAAUGGGAUUAUGA